CCUUCCAUCCUGACAUGAGCUGGAGAAGCUAUUUGGUGGAGUAGAUUUCUAACGGACAUCAAAACCGAGAAAACACUGGUCUAUUUGAGAUUGCAGUAUCCAAAAGAAGACGGAUCAAAAUCCACUCUUAUGUACGGCUGUUAUUGCAGAACAUCCAAUCAUUGAAUGCAUGCUAUUGCCACGCGUAAUUCGUGUACGGUGCCAGCUUAGAACUCCCACACUGUUCAGGCCAGAUCGAAAUCCGAUUUAGAUGGUAUGCAAUGCUAGCUUGAGUAAGAUCGUCGUCCGAGGGGGCUAUCUCGUGAAUUUAACCAGAAACGGAGGCCAUUUUAGGGAUUUUGAUGCGAGAUCGGGCGUGAGAUACCAUUGGAACCGCAGGAUCGCGGCGAUCCGCACGAUGAUGGUCGACACGGGCAGCACGGCGACGGCGGACCCCACAGCUGCCGUUGCCAAUGUCUUGACGGAGAAAGAGAGCACGGACGGCAGCAGCGGUUACGCGAGCGGCGGAUGUAAAAGUGAAGAUGGAAGACUGAGCUGCGGGUAUUCCAGUUUUAGGGGAAAGAGAGCGACUAUGGAGGACUUCUAUGAUGUUAAAAUGUCUAAGAUUGAUGGGCAAAUGAUUUGUCUGUUUGGGAUUUUUGAUGGUCAUGGUGGUUCCCAUGCUGCUGAAUAUUUGAAGGAGCACCUGUUUGAGAAUCUCGUGAAGCACCCACAAUUUAUGAUGGACACUAAAUUGGCUAUAAGUGAAACAUACCAGAGGACUGAUUUGGAUUUCUUGGAUGCUGAAAGCAAUACUUUCAGAGACGAUGGUUCAACUGCUUCAACAGCGGUGCUGGUUGGUAGUCACCUAUAUGUGGCAAAUGUUGGAGAUUCUCGCGCAGUAAUAUCAAAGGCAGGCAAAGCCAUAGCUCUUUCUGAAGAUCAUAAACCCAAUAGAAGUGAUGAGCGUAAGAGAAUUGAGAAUGCUGGAGGAGUUGUUAUGUGGGCUGGCACGUGGAGGGUAGGAGGCGUAUUGGCAAUGUCACGUGCAUUUGGUAACCGCUUGCUGAAACAGUUUGUUGUGGCUGAGCCUGAGAUUCAGGAGGCAGAAAUCGACGAAGAAAUGGAGUUCCUUGUGUUGGCAAGCGAUGGACUCUGGGAUGUAGUGCCAAAUGAGGAUGCUGUUUCGCUUGCAAGAGCAGAAGAAGAACCAGAUGCAGCAGCCCGGAAAUUGACAGAGACCGCCUUCACGCGGGGCAGCGCCGAUAACAUAACUUGCAUUGUGGUGAGGUUCCACCAUGACAAAAUGGAAGCAGGUUCUCCUCCAGCAGCUGCAGCAUAGAAUUGAAUUGGUUUUUAUUUAUUUCUCCAAUUAGAUAUAAGCAUCGCCAUCCUCAUCAUCUCUGAGGUCGGAUGGCUGUGGGUGAGUGCAUAGUAGCCCGCUUGCAUGUUAGCAGCAAGGCUGGAGCUGUUUAUUUGGGCGUAUAUGUAUUUUGGGGUCUGAUGCCAUGGGGAAACAUAAACAUAGACCCUGCUCUUUAUCUGGGUGAUGUCUAUAUCUUAUGUGGCAACCUUGUAAGAGUUGCAUUCCAUCCGCAGCAAGUCACAAGGUAUUUAUUUUAUUUAUCCCUUGCGUGGAAGUGGGUGGGAAAUGGGCUUGGCCAGGCCAUGCGGGACCAAAUGGUUCCAAGCAGAGCUGGACCGAUCAAUCUUGAGGUACAUGCUGCAGUGAGAAUCAGUGGGGCCUGGGAAACUUGCUUCUGGUGGAUCUCCGUGUUUUACAUGAGUGAUCAGGACGAUGUCUAGCUGAGAUCAAACAUUAUCUGACUUGUACUUUGUCAACUCAUGCAAGACUGUUUUGAAGCUGGAUAGAUUGUAUCCGAUGAUUGGACAGUGUGUUGUCCAUGCUCGUGCACAUGGCACAGUGAACCGGCAUUAUCUUUGUAUCCUAGUUUUCAAACGUGCUAGUGUUUUUGGA